GAAAAUCACAUAUUUGCCUUUUGUGAGAACUUGGAUGUGCUCAGACCUGCUCUCUCUGUGUUUUUCAUGGUUAUUCAAAACCUGCUGAAUGUUGACAUAUUCUGGAAACCUGUUAUCAUGGGCAGCUAACAGCAGCUUAAUGCCAGCCUCCAUGAACUGGUUCUGUGGGACAGGAUGCCCAGGGAAGUGGUGGAAUCACCAUCCCUGGAAGUGUUCAAAAAUCAUGUAGGUGAAGUGCUGAAGGACAUGGUUUAGUGGUGGACUGGGCAGUGCUGGGUUAGUGGUUGGGCUUCAUGAUCUAAAAGGUCUUUCUCACCCUAGAUAACUCUGGUUCUCUGCUGUAAAACAGUAAAAAUGUACAGAAAAUGCUGCAUGGGAUUACCCAGCUCUUACUUUUUUUAAUUAGUGCCUGUCUUUUCAGUCUCUGCUGUUUCUGCCUAGGCUGAAGGCAUGGUCUUGUUGAGGACAGACAGACAUACUUGCUGUUGGAAGCUCCUGGUUGUGUUCUUGAGUGAGGUUUCAUGAGUCAGACUGGGCUGUUGGGAGUUUCUGUUGAAGAUGUACAUGUUGGUUGAAAAGCGCACGAAUUCCCAUCUUCACCUAAAGAGGUCACCUGGCAUCCGCUCCUGGUCCCUCUGUGUUGGAAUAGCCUCCAUAGGUUUGGCUGCUGCUUAUUAUAGUGCAGACAGCUUGGCAUGGAAGCUCUUCUACAUGGCUGGGUGUUUCUUUGUGGCAGCCCAGAAUCUGGAGCAGUGGGAGGAAGCUGUAUUUGAUAAAAACAAGGGAACAGUCUGCCUAAAAACAUUCAACCUCUACAAAAAAAUACUGACAUUAUCAAAAGGAGGCAAUGAACAAGUGGUGGCCGUGCUGAGCGAGAUCCGCGAUGUGAACGUGGAGGAGGAGGCCGUGCGCUAUUUCGGGAAGGGUUACCUGGUCGUGCUGCGCUUCGUCACCGGCUUCUCGCACCCGCUCACGCAGAGCGCCGUGCUGGGCUGCAGAAGGUGCACUGGGGACUUGGGAAAAUUGGAACGUGUAAGUGAUGUGGAAGCAGUUGCCAAACUCAUUACGAGUUUUCUGGAACUGGACAGAGUAGAGACCCCACAAGAUUUCUCCCAGAGCAGCGAAACAGAGGCAAGUGAUGCAGAUGAACCACAGGUUAAAUACUGAUAGUCAUUGUGAACUGAAACAAGCAGAGGCUUUCACACAUCUGGAGAAUAUUCUGGUUGUUCUUCAGAACAAGAAACCCCUCACAACCCUGACCUGGGCAUUUCUCAACGUGUGCAUUUGCAAUGGGUGGAAUCUGUCAUAGUUUAGUGUUAAACUGCUUCAGGACCCUGCAUGUGGACACUGCUGGCUUUUGAACUUUUGUCACCUCCUCAAACUUGUCUAGGAAUAGUUAUUUAUUAAUGAAUUGGUUUGAAAUAAUUGCUUUUCCAUUAAUGAAGUGAAGAUACAGAUGUGAACUUCUGCUUACUGCAAACAUUUGCUGCAGGUUCAGUAUAUGCAAUGUAGAAGAGUUGAAUUUGUAACUCAUAACACAAUGCUUUGAUGUUUCCCCUUUAAUAUAUGCAAUUAGGAGAUGCAGAGUAGUGGCACUUUUAUGUUCUCUACUACUGACUUGCCACUGGAUAUCUGUGGAAAUUAAAGUCUGAGUGCCUCUCUUGGAAUUUUAAACAUCAGGUUGAUCAACUUGUAACGGUGUCUUAACUUAUCUCAGACUCACCAAGGAGCCAUAAAUAGGAAAGGAGAAAGGAUCAUGAUGAAAUAUCUUUGGAAUGUUCUACCUUAAUCCUGUUCUGCUUAACUUCUGGGCAGGACAGAGCAAUCUUUUUCUAGACCUCAAUGUUUACUAUUUAAACUGUAUUUAGAAAGGAAGCAGGGACAUGUGUAACUUUAGGUAGGGAAAAGACUGAUGUCAAACAAGGUGGUAGCUUAGAGUUGUUGAGUAUUUCCUCACUUGAAAUGAUACCAAAGUGCUAAAUAAUAACUUUUUUAAAGGUAGGUAGCAUAGACUAAAUGUCUGACUUGUAUCUGUGUUUUACUCCAGGUGUGUGGUAUCCUCUGUUCUGGCCAGUGGUUUCACAAAUAGUUUAAAUAUACAUUUUUUCAAGGUAUUUCUGAAGUAAAAGCUACCUCUGUUAGUCAACAUAUUCUGUCUAGAGCUAGAACUCCAUCAUGCUUACAUUAACAUGUCAGUACAGGAAAAAAUUGUAAAAAGCUGCAAGCUCCUUUAGCAUGCUACAGCUGCUUGUACUGAAGUUCACUAGGUUUUAUUUAGGAAUCUUAUGGUCUUUAGACCUGAUUUAGAAAAUGUGUACACAGUUACAUCUAGGAGAUGUGAACAGGGUACGAGGUAACUGUGUUGGAUGCUUUCACGGUUGGCCAGCAGCAAGUGUCUCCUGGCAGCAGUUCCUUCAGAAUUUAAAAGAGCCUGUGUUCUUGUUUCCAAUCACUCUACCUCUACAGAGAGAAGGCUCUGAAAAGUUUUUGGUAGAAGGCACAUCCUGUUGUGUGUUCCAGUUUGGGGUGAAGCUGAGCACCUGCUGAUCAAAGGUUUGCCUUCCAGCUGUUCAGACCCAGGAUGUGAGCAGAGGCUGAGGCUGGUGCUGUCACUGGAAGGUACUCACUGCAGCAGGGUUGAUGGCUGUUGAUGUAGCUGCCUGCAGCACAGAACUAGGUCUGUUUCCUUUAAAUAAGAGAAAAAACUUGUAAUCAUGUCAGGUAUCAGUACAGAGCUCUGCCAGUACAUGUUCCUGAAAGUUCUUGAGUUGUUGGGGUAAUCAUGGGGCUUUUGGUGCCUACCCCACACCACUGGAACUGGGAAGCAGCUGUGUAUGAACGUGGGAAAAUUAGGUUGCAGGCAAUUAGCUAAAUUUGCCUUUAUUCUCCAGCACAACUGUAGGCUAAGCAUAAUCAUCAAACCUGUUUAAAAAAAUAUUGCAGGGUGUAACACUUAAUGUAGAGUUCCUCAUUUAAAUCCACUGUAAUGUAUACCUGAGGUGAUGCUCAUUUUAGGGAGAGGAGAAUGAGACUGGGGACUUGGAGUACUCUUUUUUCCCCCACAGUGUAAAAUGAGAAUGGUGAGUGUUCUAAGGACUUCCAGUAGGAAGUACUGUCAUGGUACAGUGUAAGCACAAGGGCUCAGCCUGUGGUAGCUGCUGCUUUGUAUCAAGGAUAUUCAGAGGGCAUUGUGGUGUGCAUUGCACUUACUCUGAGCCCGUGGAGUGGACCAUGGAUAAACCAGACAAAACUACCUGCCUUCAGUCUCAGCUCUGUUGGCUUUCAUUUGUAUUCCCAUGAGAGCUGACGUUCCACAGGAGAUAAAAACCACACUGUAGUUCUCCAGUGAAAAAUCAGCUUUUGAGAGGUACAUCUGUUGGUCUGACCCUGCACUGCAUCCUGUGUCCUGUUUCUGCUGAGCUGCAGUGCAUCCAGCUUGCUGUGCAUUCAUGGUGUUAGUCAUGUCUACACUUACAGACUAUGCAGUAUCUUAGACAAAGACUAAAACAAUUUAAGAACAUUGAAAAUCUAUAGAAAGGGGAAUGACCUAUAGUGAGGUACAAUGUAACUCACAAAGAAUCCUGUGGAGUAAGUUGUUUGUUGGGUUGAUGUCAGUGAUCACCUCUUUAGAGGUGUUUUCCAGUAUCCUCCUCACUCCUCAUGAUCCUGCUGUGUCAGGCAGGAGAGGGAUGGCUGCUGCCAUGCACUGUGUGUCCAGGAGGAAUUUUGACUCGUCAGCCUUUCCCUUGGGGCAGCUGGUGCCAUCCUCUCUUGUGCCAUUUCCGUUUUGUAUUUGGCAGCUGUCACUGUACCAACAAGUCCAGUUUCAGUGGGGACCUGUGUUCUGUAGUCUGAGCUAGCAGGAUGGGCCCUCAGGACGUUCUGGCAGACUGGGGGUGCUGCUUGUGGGGACGUGUCAGGCACUGCUGGCUGAUCCACCCAGGAGCUUCCUGUGGCACUGAUCCACCUGAGCCUGGCAGUGGCACACUGCACCAGUGGUAGCACAGGCUGAUGGGGUUUUCUCUUGUGUUUCUCUUGAUCCACAUGUGGAGCUUCUUGCCCUCUAAAACUGCCAUUUUUAGCUGGAAGACAUGGCCAGAUGCAGUGCAGUAACUGUGUGCAAGUACAAUUCACCUGCAGUGGCUGUUCCCCUGGAUUUGGUGGUGGCAGUGUCUGUGUCCUCCUCAGCAAUGGCAUCAGCUUGAGGAACUGUGGAAAGCAGGUGCAGCUCAGGACAGGGUCCACUUUCCCUCUUUAGACAAGUCCUCUGUCAUCCUCCUUUUCUGCCACUUCCCACCAUUCUGCUGAAGGCUUUCCUGGAUGGUUUUCCUCACUCCUCUUGGGCCAGCACAGUCAAAGGCCCACUAAACAGAGCCUUACACGUGCCUGCUGUGAAGUGACUUGGACUCAAAGGAAUGAAUGAAAGACUCAUUUUGGUUAGGAAAUGAGGUACUCCUGGGAGACUCCUACAGAUGUACUCAUUAGUUCUGCAUCUCAGGCUAUCUGGAGACUUGUGCCUGGACAGCUGUAGUUUGCAUGACUUAACAAUGAUUUAAAAAGCUGCACAGCAGAGCUUAGACUAGCUCCAACAGCCUGACCCUAAACCAAGCCCCUUUGUCACAUCCUUCACUGGAACUGUAAGUGGCACUUAGCAGGUGCUUCAGGGCAGCCCAGUGGCAGCUCCUUGCAUGGCUGUGCUGGGAUGGGACUGGGGCUGUGGCUGCUGCACUGCUUUGUGUGACCUUGGUGUAACCUCAUAUUCCAGUACUUCACAAUGAAAUAUUCCAUACCUGGCAUCAAGUGUGCAAGUCUCAAAGAAAAUCCAAAUAUUUAUAGUUGAGAUCUGACUCUCAGGCUGUAUUUAUGAAGUUACACCGGUACCAAAACCUCAGCUUGCUCACGUAAUAAAUAAAGAGUGCUAGUCCUGACAGUGUCAUAUAUGGCUGGGAGGCAAAAAUACUUCUGGAAAAUGUUUAGAAAUUGCCUUUUUUUUUUUUACUUUAAAAUUGCAAGUAGAAUUUCAGCAAGGCCUUGUUGUGUUGUCUUUUUUUAAAAAAGGUUCAUUGAUAAAAUCAACUUUGAUAACUUGUUUUGCAUCGCUGUAGUAUUUUGUAUUGUUUUUAAUUAAAAUUAUUAAAAUACUAA